CAGCGUCAGGUUGUAAACGGCUUAAUUUUAUAAAAUAUUUUAUGUCCGUUGUAAUUCACUAGUUUUUAUUAGAUUAGUUACAUGUCUUGUUAAUUUAAAUAAAUCUGGGUUAAUUUCUGUUUUAUUUUGAAAGGAGGUUGUAUUUUCGCUCUGCCUCCGCCAUUACGGUUGACUUGACUCAGCAGAUGAAUUAACAGUAAAAACACGGAGCCCAGCUGAGCAGCAACAAUGCGGUGUGAGAAACUCCCACAACCCGGUGGGCUGGGGCUCUCUCUGUGUGUCUGUUGGUCGCUGUCACCGGCGUGGAAGUUUCUGUGGCUCUAGCUCGACUGUACGCGUCGUGGGCUGAACUUUCUUUAACAGCUGGACGCUGCCCAUGCGGAGAGAGAUCUGAUCCGGGAGAAGAGGCGUUUUCCCUGCUUUCUUCGACGGUAAAUCAAACCCUGCUGGGGGCGGACUGUUUUUGAGUCAGCCGAACCGUGGAGCGGAAAACAAUGAGACACCUGUCAUGAUCGACUUGGUGGAAAGUUGGGAGCGACGGCGCAUUAAAGGGAUAUCCCGCAAAAAGUGAUGUCUUUGCAGCGGAGUUCAAUCUAUCUGUGAUUUAUUGCUGCAAACCUACUGAUACCGACAUGUGUGAGGUGGCCAUGGAGGAGCAGGGCAGCGAGAUCACGGACAUAGAGCGGUGCUCCUCCCGGGAGGAGAACAGGGUCAUAGUGGAGACCGACCCCCGCCGGCUGAACCCCCCACUCAGCGUGGUGUGGACAACCAUGCUCUACUGCGCAGAGUUCAUCACCGCCUGCAUCCUCUGCAAAAGUUACCACAAGUCCAACGAUGUGAUCUGGAUGAGCUUCACCAUCGUCUUCAUGCUGGUUCCCGCUGUGCUCAUCCAGCUGACCCUGACCUUCAUCCACAGAGACCUGGGUCGGGACCGGCCGCUGGUUCUGUUCCUGCACCUGCUGCAGCUUGGACCAGUCAUCAGGUGCUUCGAGGCGCUGGUGGUCUACUUCAAGGCAGACCAAAACGAGGAGCCUUACGUCACCCUCUCCAGGAAAACCAACCUGGAGAAGGGCCAAGAGAUCGAGCUGGAAAUCGGGCAAGCGGAGCGGACGCUGGCCACGCACCGGAACGCCUUCAAACGCACCGCCGUCAUCCAGGCCUUCCUGGGCUCCACGCCUCAGCUGACGCUGCAGCUGUACGCCACCAUCCAGGAGAAGUACAUGCUGUCUGACAGACUGGCGUUGAUGAUCAUCACCCUCAUCUCCAUCACCUACGGCGCUCUGGUCUGCAGCGUCCUCACCAUCCAGAUCACCUACGACUCCAUCAAGGUGCGGCUGCGCUCCACCGCCUACUUGUGCAUGGUGGUGUGGCGGGCCCUGGAGAUCACCACCCGGGUCACGACCCUGGUCCUGUUCAGCACCGCUCUGACCCACUGGGUCAUCCUGGUGGGCGCGCUCAACCUGCUCUUCUUCUUCUUCCUGCCGUGGGUGGAGUUCUGGGCGCGGAAAGGCUCGCUGGCCGAGGGCGUGGAGAAUAACCUGUCCAAGCUGGGCACCGUCGUGGUGCUGUGCAUGUUCACGCUGCUGUACGCCUGCAUCAACGUGUUCUGCUGGUCGGCCGUGGAGCUCGACCUGGCAGACCAGGAGCUCAUCAACCGGAAGCAGAGCUGGCGCCGCCUGGCGCUCUACUACUCCGGCCGCUUCCUGGAGAACUUCGUCCUCAUCACGCUCUGGUACUUCUUCAAGUCGGACUUCUACGAGUACGUGUGCGCGCCGCUGAUGGUGGUGCAGCUGCUGAUCGGCUACAGCCUGGCCGUUCUCUUCAUGCUGCUCUUCUACCAGUUCUGCCACCCGUGCAGGAGCCUCUUCAAGUUCAACGUCCACGACUGCCUGCACUGCGUGUGCUGCCGGCGCCGGGCGGCGAGCCGGCGGGGCAGCAUGCCGCCUUCCUACUCCACCGCUGCCACCAUGCUUAAGGAGGAGCCGCCGGAGCUGCUGGAGCUGAUGGACCCUCAGAACUGCUUUCCUCCAGAUGGCGCCGGGCCGCUGGGCGAGCGGGAAUCUUUAGCCUGACAGGAAACGCACCAAAAACAGGAGGAAUGCCGGGAAAAACGAGACGCUUAGGCAAAUCACCGGGAGCUGGAAAAAGAUAAAGUAUUUUUGGUCAAUUUCUAGUGAAAAUAACUUACUACACUUGAAAUAAGACAAACCUUACUAACAUAUAAGGUUAAAGAUCAACUUCUUAAAGGUAUUUGAUAGUUUUCUGAUGCCAAUUCAAAAUUAUGUUGCAUUUUUUUACAUGUUGAAUUAUUGUUGAAAUUCAGCCACGCUUCUUGUAAACAGGUUUGUUCACUGCUAAAACAAAAUCAUACCAAGUAUUUUUGGUCAAGUUUCUAAUGCAAAUAACUUAGUACACCUGAAAUAAGACAAAACUAACUGAAAAUAACAUUCCAGCAAGAUACUGGAGUUUGUUUUAUGUAAAUAAAUCCUUAAUAUUGAUGAAAAAGGUGCUGGUUCCAGUGGCAAAAUAUUCCACUUAAAACAAUUUCUCUGCAACUAAAAGAUUUGUUUCUGCCACUGCACUGCAAAAACACAACAUCUUACAUUUAACUACCAUUAAAUGUUAGUUCCUAAACUAACAUUUAAGAACUCAACCUCUAUAAGAUAAAGUUUUCUAAUGGCAAUUCAGAAUUAUGUUUCAUUUUUUAAAGAUAUUGAAUUAUGAAAGAAUUUGAAAUAAUUGAACAAUAUUGAAGUUCAGUCUUGCAAAACCAAAAUCAUACCAAACAUAUUUGGUCUAUUUUCUAGUGCAUAUACUGCAGUACACUUGAAAUAUAACAAAAUUAACCAAAACGUAACUUUUCAGCAACACAUAGGAACUUGUUUUAAGUGAAUCCUGUCCAAACUUGUUGAUCAUUUUUACUGAGACAAAGUUUGUUUUAGAGUAAAAAGUCACUGGAGAUUUCUGAGCCCACAAAAUUAAAUAAAAACAUGGUUGGUCAAAGAAAAACACUUUUCUGUACCAAAAAUACAUUACUUACGAUAUAAGACAUAAAUUUGUGUUUACUUAAACCAACAACUUUUAUUUAAGUCAGUAAUUCCUUAACGUUGAUUUUUUUUUUAAAGUACUGUUUCCAAUUUUUUUGACUUUCAUAUUUCAUAAUAUUUUUCAUCAAUAUUAAGAAUUUAUUUACUUAAACCAAGCUCCUAUUGCUGAAAAGUUACUUCUAAUUUAGCUUUAUCUUAUUUUAAAUGUACUAAAGUAUUUUCACUGGAGGCUACACUGCAAAAACAGAAAAUCUUACCAAGUACUUUUGGUUAAGCUUCUAGUGCAAAUAUCUUAAAUCUCUUGAAAUAAGACAAAACUAACUUACAAAAAACUUUUCAGCAAGAAAUUAGAUUUUUUUUUUUUGUAAAUAAUUCCUUAAUAUUGAUGAUAAAAAGCUAGUUCCGCUGUCAGAUUAUUUCACUUAGACGUCUUUAUCAUGUUAUCAGUGAAAUAAUCUGCUUUUCAUCAAUAUUUAAGAAAAUAUUAUCUUAAACAAUCUACUAAAUCUUGCUAGAAAGUUUCUUGUAAUUUAGUUUUAUUUUAUUUCAGGUGUUAUAAGACAUUUGCAGUAAAAAAGGAACCAAACGUAUUUGGUAAGAUUUUGUGUUUUUGCAGUGUAUGAACUUUCCUGGAUCAUGAUUACGCCACCAAAGAAUGUCGCACUUGGAGAUAUGCGGCGAUGCUCUAAAGCAGAUGAUGAAAGCGCAGCACUGAGCCAGGUGUGUGUGUGUGUCUGUGCAUGUGUGUGUGUGUGUCUGUGCAUGUGUGUGUGUGUGUGUGUGUGUGUGUGUGAAGUGGCCGAAACACUGACCCAGGACAGUUUCAGUUUACCUCCUCUCAGGGUUUCAAAGCUGCCCCGUUUGCACACGUUUUGCCUCUGCACUGAUCAGACUUGAACGCAGAAUGACAGAAAAUGUUACAAAGCUUUGACUGGUUUUCUCUCUGUUGCUGUCUGUUCUUCACAGCUCACUGCCUUUAAAUGGGGGGAGAAAAAAAACACAAAAUGUUUGACACGAUGUUCUGCUGAGAAACUUAGAGGAUGGUGAAUAUUUGUGUGUGGCCUUUGAAGCAAAGAUGUUAUCCAGAAUUAACCUAAUUAUUGUGUAAAAUUAAGAGAUGGACACUAAAUGAGCUUGUAAUUAUGCUUUGAUACUGUGCAUGUUUUUAUUUUUUAAGUUGUCUAGUUUGUCAUUCGGUGCCUUGCCUACUACUACUUGAACAUUGAAUAAAGUGAAAAAAUAA